GAAGAACCACAGUAGAUGCAGGACGCUCCUCAGUAAUAGAAAGAUGACUGCAAAGAGCAGCCCAAUCUGAAGUGUGAAAGCUUCUCCAUUUUUUGUGAGCGCGAUGUUACAGGAAGGCGCUUCACAAAGUUGCACGGCUGUGCAUGAGAAGGCGGAAAUGUCACCCGAAGACUCCACUGAGGAAUCUGAGGAGGAUGACAGUGAAGAGGAACCAAAGCUGAAGUAUGAAAGACUCUCCAAUGGAGUGAGUGACAUCUUGCAGGAAGAUGCUGCAAGUUGCAUGACUGUGCACGAGAAGUUUCUUGCCAUGGGAACUCAUAAUGGAAAGGUGUAUUUGCUUGACAUCCAAGGGAACAUGACACAGAAGUUUGAUAUUAGCUCUGUGAAAAUUAAUCAGAUUAGCCUGGAUGAAAGCGGAGAACAUGUUGGGAUCUGUUCAGAAGAUGGCAAGGUGCAAGUAUUUGGGUUAUACUCAAGAGAAGGAUUGCAUGAAAUAUUUGACUGUCCAAUUAAAAUCGUUGCGGUACAUCCUCAGUUUGGAAAGUCCAACUGUAAGCAGUUUGUAACUGGAGGAAAUAAGCUGCUAUUAUAUGAGAGGACUUGGUUGAAUCGUUGGAAAACCACUGUCUUGCAUGAAGGGGAAGGGAACAUAACUAACAUAAAAUGGAGAGGGAAUCUGAUUGCCUGGGCUAAUAAUAUGGGGGUCAAGAUAUAUGACAUAAUGACGCGUCAAAGGAUUACUAAUGUGCCUAGAGACGACGCAAGUCUCCGUCCCGACAUGUAUCCCUGCAGCCUGUUCUGGAAGGAUAAUUUGACCCUUGUUAUAGGAUGGGGAAAAUCUGUCAAGAUCUGCUCUGUAAAGGAGAGGCAUGCCAGUGAACUGAGAGAUUUGCCGAGUCGUUAUGUUGAGAUAGUUACUCAAUUUGACACGGAAUUCUUCAUAAGUGGAAUCGCCCCGCUCUGUGAUCAGUUUGUUAUGCUUUUCUUUGUAAAGGAGACGUCUGAUAAAGAGAACAAAGAGUUUUGUGCUAGACCACGUCUUGAUAUUAUUCAGCCGCACCCAGACUCCUGUGAAGAAGUCUCAUCAGAUGCCAUAACAGUGAGGGGCUUUCAAGAGAAUGAGUGCCGGGAUUAUCGUCUAGAGUAUGCAGAGGGUGAAUCAUUGUUCUACAUAAUCAGUCCGAGAGAUGUUGUUUUGGCAAAGGAACGAGACCAAGAUGAUCACAUUGAUUGGCUUUUGGGGAGAAAGAAAUACGAGGAAGCUCUAAUGGCUGCAGAGAUAAGUCAGAAGAACAUAAAGCGACAUGAUGUUCUGGAUAUUGGCUUAGCUUAUAUAACUCACCUAGUGGAAAAGGGUGACUAUGACAUGGCAGCCAGGAAAUGUCAGAAAAUACUUGGUAAAAAUAUGAAACUCUGGGAAGACGAAGUCUACCGGUUUAAGAAAAUAGGCCAAUUAAAGGCAAUAAGCAAGUAUCUACCAAGAGGAGAUCUACGGCUGAGGCCAGCAAUCUAUGAAAUGAUCUUGGAUGAAUUUUUGAAAACAGACUAUGAGGGUUUUGCAACAUUAAUUAGAGAGUGGCCUGGAGACCUUUACAAUAAUAAAACCAUAGUGAAAGCAUUGAAGGGACAUCUGAGUCAUGAUCCAGAAAACAGGAUAUUACUGGAGGCUCUAGCAGAAUUACACACGUAUGACCAACGAUACGACCAGGCUCUUGAAAUAUAUCUUACCCUGCGGAACAGAGAGGCGUUUGAACUCAUACAUAAACACAACCUAUUCAGCUCUAUCAAAGACAAGAUUGUCUUACUCAUGGAUUUUGAUACAGAGAAAGCAGUUGACAUGCUUUUGGACAACGAGGACAAAAUUUCGAUUGAUAAAGUUGUUGAAGAAUUAGUAGAUAGACCUGAAUUACAGCAUGUGUACCUUCACAAACUUUUCAAAAGAGACCACCACAAAGGACAGAAGUAUCAUGAGAAGCAAAUCAGCUUAUAUGCCGAAUAUGAUCGACCAAAUUUUUUGCCUUUUUUACGAGACAGUACUCAUUGCCCGUUGGAAAAGGCGCUUGAGAUCUGUUACCAGAGAAAUUUUGUGGAAGAAACAGUGUUCCUUUUAAGCAGAAUGGGAAACAGUCGCAAGGCUCUUCAGAUGAUCAUGGAAAAACUAUACGACGUGGACAAAGCUAUUGAGUUUGCUAAAGAGCAGGAUGAUGCAGAGCUCUGGGAGGACCUUAUCUUAUAUUCUAUUGACAAACCACCAUUUAUAACCGGUUUACUGAACAAUAUCGGGACCCAUGUUGACCCCAUUCUCCUGAUUCAUCGUAUUAAAGAAGGAAUGGAGAUUCCUAAUUUGAGAGACUCCCUUGUUAAAAUCCUACAAGACUACAACCUCCAGAUACUGCUGAGAGAGGGUUGCAAGAAAAUUUUAGUUUCUGACUCGCUCUCCUUGUUGAAGAAAAUGCACAGAACCCAAUCGAAAGGCAUGCUGGUGGAUGAUGAGAAAAUAUGUGAAGCAUGCUUGUCUGCUAUACUUCCUACAGAUUCUUCUAAACCGCAUGGUGUGGUGGUAUUCCACUGCAGGCAUAUGUUCCACAGAGAAUGCCUGCCUGUCAAUAGCACUGUCUCUCCUGUUUAUUUUUGUAAUAACUGCAGUGCGAAGCAUCGAGGGCCUGGAAGUGCAAUCUUAGAUAUGAAAAAAUAGCAAGAUGACUUUAGACCUAGAAGCAAUUUUCUUUUCUCCCUCUGGGAUCUCUUUUGCAUCACAUACUGCUGUGUACGUUUGUGGCAUGAACAAUACUGAUUAAAAAUGAGCUUCGUGCCUGAGGGCUGAAAAAGCAAAUCACUCAUGUCCGCUCCAAAAUGUGUUGUUGCGUAAAAUGUUUAACAUAUAUUUAUGGUGUCUUAAAAAUAAAAACCUGCAAUACUUCUAA